AUGUCGCAGACAAUUGGCCUGACAAGGCUCGCCUACUCCCGAGUAUGGCACCAAAUCUCCGCCUCAACACCUCACCCAACCCUCACCACCCAGCCCAACGUGACUCCCCCCUCGCUGGGCCGCCUGGCAUCCCGAAUCGCCGUCCUGCUCAUGGGCAAGCACAAGCCCACGUUCGACCCCUCCACCGACUGCGGCGACUACGUCGUGGUGACAAACUGCGCCGCGCUGCACACCACGGGCAACAAGAUGUGGCGCAAGAACUACUACCGACACACGACGAGGCCCGGUAGCCUGAAGACGGUGACAAUGGACGUGCUGAUGGAGAAGCAUGGCGGCAGCGAGGUGCUGCGCAAGGCGGUUAGCGGGAUGUUGCCCAAGAAUAGGCUGCGGGACAAGAGGCUGGCGAGACUAAAGGCGUUUGAGGGCGAGGCGCAUCCGUAUAAGCAGAAUGUGAUACGGUUUGGAGGGAAGGUUGUUGGGUCGGAGGGGUGGCAGAAGGCGGUGGAGGCGAUACGGAAUACGGAUAAGGAUAGGUUAUGA